GCGACUUCCUCAGGUGGUUUUGUGCUUCGUCACAGCCUCUCUCCUACCCCUAUUAGGUGACGACCUAGGAUUUUUUCAUCCCAGGCGCGCAACGCCUGGAGCAUGCCAGUCCCCGGCUUGCGCUUUCCGGUUCGGGCGUUUCCGUACUCUGUCAUCGCUUCUCCCUUCCAGGCCCUCCUUGCUCUGGUGCUCCUCUCGAUCCCCGUCGGCGUGCUCUUUCGCACGCACCGCGCCAUCGCCCACCGCUCCCCCUCCCGCUCCUCUUCCACGUCACAAACACAAUCCACGGCGGCGACCAAAAUGGCGGCGAAAAAGAAGAUCGCCAUCAUGACCUCGGGCGGCGACUCGCCCGGCAUGAACGGUUUCGUCCGCGCCUGCGUGCGCAUGGCUAUCCACCUCGGUUGUGACCCCUACUGCAUUUACGAAGGCUACGAGGGCCUCGUCCGCGGCGGAAACCUGAUACGCAAGAUGGAAUGGCACGAUGUGCGCGGCUGGCUGUCCGAGGGCGGCACGCUGAUCGGCACCGCCCGCUGCAUGGCCUUCUACGAACGCGCAGGCCGCCUAGCGGCUGCGAGGAACCUGAUCUCGGAAGGCAUCGACGCCCUCAUCAUCUGCGGAGGCGACGGCUCGCUCACCGGAGCCGACAGGUUCCGUGCUGAAUGGCCCUCGCUGAUCAAGGAGCUCGAGGACAACGGCGAGUUCACGGCGCAGCAGCUCGAACCCUACAGACACCUCAACAUCGUCGGCCUGGUCGGAUCUAUUGACAACGACCUGUCUGGCACGGAUGCCACCAUUGGCUGCUACUCGGCUCUGGCGCGUAUCUGCCACGCCGUGGAUCUCAUUGAGGCCACGGCUUCCUCGCAUUCCCGCGCCUUCGUCAUCGAGGUCAUGGGGAGACACUGCGGUUGGCUGGCACUGAUGGCUGGUGUUGCGACCGGUGCGGAUUUCAUCUUCAUUCCAGAGAAGCCUAGGGCGGAUAACUGGCGGGAGGAAAUGUGCAGCAUAGUCGAACAUCACCGGAAACUCGGCAAACGGAAAACCAUCGUCAUUAUCGCCGAGGGCGCCCUCGACCGAGAAGGCAACAAGAUCACGCCCACCAUGGUGAAGGACCUUCUUGCCGACAAGAACGGGCUUGGGCUCGACACCCGAAUCACCACACUCGGCCACGUCCAGCGUGGUGGCACUGCGGUCGCAUACGACCGCAUGCUGGCAACGCUGCAGGGCGUUGAGGCUGUCAAGGCCGUCCUGGAGGCUACGCCGGACACGCCAACUUGGGUCAUCGCUAUCAACGAGAACAAGAUUGUCCGGAAGCCACUCAUGCAGGCGGUGCAGGACACCAAGAGGGUGGCCAAGGCGAUAGAGAACCAGGACUUUGACCUGGCCAUGUCGCUACGCGACUCUGAGUUCUCUGAGCAGUACAAGUCGUUCAUGAUGACGACGGCGGUUCAACUGAACAAAGAUCUCCUGCUGCCAGAGAAGGAGCGCAUGAGGAUUGGCUUCAUCAAUGUGGGCGCGCCUGCAGGUGGCAUGAAUGCGGCAGUUCGCGCCGGUGUAGCAUACUGCUUGUCCCGGGGGCACGAGCCUAUCGCCAUCUACAAUGGCUUUGCCGGGUUUGCGCGUCACCAUGGAGACAAGCCGCUAGGUGCCGUGCGGAACUUCGACUGGCUCGAGGUCGACGGCUGGGCGAGCAAAGGCGGUUCCGAGAUAGGAACGAACCGCGAGCUUCCCAGCGAGUCGGGCAUGGAGACCGUCGCCAACCUGAUCGAGCACUACCAGUUCGACGCCCUGUUCCUCAUCGGAGGGUUUGAGGCCUUCCACGCCGUCUCCCAGCUGCGGAAGGCUCGGGACCAGUACCCAUCCCUCUGCAUCCCCAUCACGCUCCUGCCCGCCACCAUCUCCAACAACGUGCCGGGCACCGAGUACUCGCUGGGCUCCGACACGUGCCUCAACGAGCUGGUCGAGUACUGCGACAAGAUCAAGCAGUCGGCCUCGGCCACGCGGCGGCGCGUGUUCGUCAUCGAGACCCAGGGCGGCCGCUCCGGCUACGUGGCCACGCUCGGCGGCCUCGGCGUCGGCGCCUCCGCCGUCUACACGCCCGAAGAGGGCGUCAGCCUGGAGAUGCUGGCGGCCGACGUGCGCCACCUCAAGGAGGUCUUCGCGCAAGACAAGGGCCAGUCGCGCGCCGGCCGGCUGAUCCUGAUCAACGAGAAGGCGUCCAAGGUGUACAACGCGCGACUGAUCGCCGAGAUCCUCCGCGAGGAGGCGCACGGCCGGUUCGAGAGCCGCGAGGCCAUCCCGGGCCACAUGCAGCAGGGCGGCGUGCCGUCGCCGAUGGACCGCUGCCGCGCGGUGCGCCUCGCGAUCCGCUGCAUCCAGCACCUCGAGCAGUACGGCCGCAACGUGCACAACCGCGUCAAGACGGACCCCAUGAGCGCCACCGUCAUCGGCAUCAGGGGCGCCAGCGUCGUCUUCACCCCCAUCACCAAGGUCGAGGAGGACGAGACCGACUGGCCGAACCGGAGGCCCAAGUCCGCCUUCUGGACCGAGAUGAAGGAGAUUGUCGAUAUCCUCGGCGGAAGGCCCAGCCACACCGCUCCCGAGCCCGACCUGACCGGGCUUAAGGCUAAGGAUGUGAAGCGGGGCAUUGAGAACGUCUAGUGCCCCUGCAGCAGGUGCCCGUUCAUAUCUCAUCAGGGAAGAGGCAUAGAAAGGAGCUAGGUAGUUUUUUCCGUCGUGACUUUUUUGCAUCAUUGCAUGUAUAGUGCCGAGGGACUCUGUGAGAAAGUUGUAGGCU